CGGCGACGGCCGCAGCCAGCCCCGCGCCCGCUCCGCCCUGCAGCGGCGGGUCGGACGUCCGGAGCCCGCGGGUCCCUGGCCGAGGUCCCAGGAGGCACCCCCCACCCGGUGGCCAGGAGAGCAGGGGGUAGCGGUGUCAUCAUGCACAGUGGUAUCGCAGCUGCCGGACGUCCCCCUCGCUGCCCCUGAGUCCAGCCCAAGUUCAAGUCCGGGGCCCACCAGCCCGCUUGCACCAUGAGCCACGGGCCGAGCCCCCGGCUGGCCGAGUCCCCGCAGCUGUCCAAAGGCAGCCUUCUGACCAUCCUCGGCAGCCCGUCACCCGAGCGCAUGGGGCCGGUGGACUCGCUGCCGCCCACGCCGCCCAGCGGCACGCCCUCCCCGGGCCCGUCCCCCGCGCUGGCGCUGCCGCCGGCGCCCGCGCUGCUCGCCGACGGGGACUGGGAGAGCCGGGAGGAGCUGCGCCUGCGGGAGCUGGAGGAGGCGCGCGCGCGGGCGGCGCAGAUGGAGAAGACCAUGCGCUGGUGGUCGGACUGCACGGCCAACUGGCGGGAGAAGUGGAGCAAGGUGCGCGCCGAGCGCAACCGCGCGCGCGAGGAAGUGCGCCAGCUGCGCCAGCGCCUGGACGCGCUCACCAAGGAGCUGGCGGGCGCCCGCCGCGAGCGCCAGGAGGCGCAGGGCGAGUGCGAGGCGCGGGGCCGGGAGCUGGCGCGGCUGCGGGGCGCCCGCGGAGCCGCCGACCCGACGCCCGACGGACCCGAGACGGAGCCCGAGCGGGAGCACGAGCCGGUGCGAGACGUGGGGUCCGAGAGGCCCCAGAGCAGCCAGGAGCUGGAGCUGGUGGAGAACCUGCUGAAGAGCAGACCAGAGGAGCCCGAGGGCUGCUGGGAGACACGCAGUGCGGGGACCGGGGGCCCACGGGGCAGCUCAGGCCGCCAGGAGCGCAGCCGGCUGCCCUGGGAGGACACAGCUGCCAUGGAGGAGGAGGCCUCCAAGUUGACUGCCCUACGACUGCGGCUGGAUGAGUCCCAGAAGGUGCUGCUCAAGGAACGAGAGGAUAAACUGGCACUGAGCAGAAACAUUGAGAAGCUGGAGGGGGAACUCAGCCAGUGGAAGAUAAAGUAUGAGGAGCUGAGCAAGACCAAGCAGGAGAUGCUCAAGCAACUCAGCAUCCUGAAGGAGGCUCACCAGGACGAGCUGGGCCGCAUGUCCGAAGACCUGGAGGACGAGCUGGGGGCGAGGUCCAGCAUGGACAGGAAGAUGGCUGAGCUGAGGGGCGAGAUGGAGCGGCUGCAGGCAGAGAAUGCAGCCGAGUGGGGUCGCCGCGAGCGGCUGGAGACCGAGAAGCUGGGCCUGGAGCGGGAGAACAAGAAGCUGCGGGCGCAGGUCGGGGACCUGGAGGAGGCCCUGGCCCGCCGGCGGCGCCAGACAGCCAGCGCACUGGACUGCGACCUGCGGGCCAGCCAGGCUGCACUCUUCGAGAAGAACAAGGAGCUGGCAGACCUGAAGCACGUGCAUGGCAAGCUGAAGAAACAGUUCCAGGAGAAGGUGGCAGAAUUGGCACAUGCCAACCGGCGGGUGGAGCAGCACGAGGCGGAGGUGAAGAAGCUGCGGCUGCGGGUGGAGGAGCUCAAGAAGGAGCUGGCCCAGGCUGAGGACGAGCUGGACGAGGCCCACAACCAGGCACGGAAGCUGCAGCGGUCGCUGGACGAGCAGACGGAGCAGAGCGAGAACCUGCAGGUGCAGCUAGAGCACGUGCAGUCCAGGCUCCGAAGGCAGCAGCAGAACGCCCCCCUCUUUGGAAAGAUCCGCAGCGCUCGCUUUGGCCCUGAGGAGGCCGGGGAUGGAGCCAGCGACCUGGACGAGGACGAGGACCUACAGAUCCAGGUGGCCUAGAGCUCCAGGGCUGGCAGGACUGGCCCAAGGCCACAGCCCCCCUGGGUGCUCGGGCUGACCGGCCACUCACUGAUGCAGCUACCUGUCCUCACCCUGGGAGCACCCCUACCAAGGGAAGCCACGGCCUAUGUUUAUAUAUAUAGAUAUAUUUUUAUAUAUAUGCCUGGUGCUAUAAACACUAUACCGCCCCAAGGCCUGGUCUAGGCUCCCCCACCUGCCAGGACUUCCAUGGAGGGCGGAUGGGGUGUCAAGAGAGGGUCAUUGGGUCCCCAACCCAGGCUGCCUCUCUGAGCCUUGGGGGCUGGACGGGAACUGUUCAUAGUACAAUGUGAUAAACCCAGUCUUUUGUAAUAAUAAAUGAGUUGAGGUUC